AUGAUCGAAGCGGGCCACCCUCGUGGAUAUGAUGCCCCACUUGAAGUUACAGGAGAAGCUCAAGCGAAAAACGCCCGUGAAAAACCGCACUCUGGACGAAGUAUCAACCAUGCACCCUCAAGCGCACAACAGAAAAGUGGUGGCAAACGGAAGCGUGUUGCCCGCUUGGAGGUGGAGGCAAAGCCAUCAUCAAGCCGGAAAACGCAAUGCUCUGCGAUGGAAGCUGACCCGAAAGAUGAAGCGUCGCAUGCUCAAGGAGAAGAACAAUCUUUAGCUAUCCAGGUCCCUGACAUGUUGGAGAUUCCAGAAAAUCCCAAGUCGGAAUGGUUUGAUACACUGGAAGACGUUGUUCCGAGCAAUGCUUGGACGUACUACCGUCCGAAGUCGCGCAUAUACGGAGUGGAUGCGUUGAUUGUGGAGCUGACGCCCGAGUCUGAGACUUACGCUGGAAAGUGCUAUGGACUAAAGAUGACGAUGUGUGAAGGCCAGUUUUAA